ACCACCGCCCGGCCCCAACCGGUAGAUAACGCGCGAGUUAAUACGCGUAACGCGCCUACCCCGUGACCCGGAACGCUCCUUGCUUCCGCGGCAUAAAGCGCUCGCCUUUCCCACUCCCGUUCCCCCCCGUCGCAGGCACCUCCCCGCCCGCGCGCCCCACCUCUGCUCAGAUCUCGCCCCGCCCCCGCCUCGCCGCCGAGAUCGCCUAGGCUCAGCUCCCGCCCCGCUGGCCGCGAUCCACGAUCAGUCGGUGCCGGUUCCCCUCGUCUCGGUUGGUGGCAUUGCUCUGGCCUGGUCCAUCUCUUCUUUGUCCCAGCGCGUUUGGGUGGCUUCUGUGUUGGAUUGGUCGGCGACGCGGCAGUGGCGCUGAUCGGGGUCUUGAUUGGUUGCUGGAUUGGGUAGUGGGUAGUGGGGGACGCGGUGGAUGGGCUGCACGGGCUCCAGGCACGCGCUGCGGGGCGGCCUCCGGAAGUCCUUCGGGCGGAGCCGCUCCGACCCGGCGGCCGCCGGGGCGGCGCACCACACCGUCGCGCUCAAGUCCUCCACGCUCGGCUCGCUCAGCCUGGACCGGGACGAGGAGAUGAUGAAGUGGCGCGCCGGCAGCUUCGGCGGCGCGGCCAAGGGCAAGGCCGCCACGCCGGCGCCGCCCCCGCAGCCGCAGCUGGCGAGGCGGCAGCGGCAGGUGGUCGGCACGCCGACCAAGACGCCCGUCCGCGAGCCCGAGGUGAUCAAUGUGUGGGAGCUCAUGGAGGGCCUCGACGACAACAAGCACGAGGAGCGCGAUGCGGCCGAGGGCGCCGAGGAUGAGCGCGGGGAGCAGUCGCCGGAGUUCGAUCCGGAAGUCAUUUCGGAGUUCCGCAAGGCGCUCGGCGAGGCUUCGCCGCCGCGGGACUACGAGGGCGACGGCGAGUGCGUCAAGAAGCGCGAAAUCCAGAGGUUCCCUGGCAUCGUGCGCGCGCGGGUCAGCGCGUUCCAGCAGAGGAUCGACGCGAAGCUCGCCAAGUUGGCGCGCCCACCCACGCCCACGCCCACACCCACGUCCCCGCCUCCUUCUCCGCCUCAGCCGCCGCAGCCGCAGCUGCCUCCCCCGCCGGACAGCCAGCGGAAGGUGGUGCUGUACCUGACCAGCCUGCGCGGCAUCCGCAAGACGUUCGAGGACUGCUGGGCCACCAAGUCCAUCCUCCACGGCUACGGCGUGCGCAUCGACGAGCGCGACCUGUCGCUGCACGGCGGGUUCAAGGACGAGCUCCACGCCUCGCUGGGCUCCGCGGGGAGGCUGCCCCAGGUGUUCGUGGACGGCGAGCACCUGGGCGGCGCCGAGGAGGUCCGCCGCUUGCACGAGGCCGGGGAGCUGUCCAGGGCGCUGGAGGCCUGCGAGAUGGCGCCGCCGAGCGCGGGCGGCAAGGGCGCCGCGCUGGAGGCGUGCUCCGGGUGCGGCGGCGUCCGGUUCGUGCCGUGCGAGGAGUGCUCCGGCAGCUGCAAGGUGUUCCUAGAGGAGCUGGACAGCUUCCGGCGGUGCCCCGACUGCAACGAGAACGGGCUCGUCCGGUGCCCACUCUGCUGCUUGUGACCGACGGCGAGAGAUUCCUAGUGGUAGUGUGGUUUUGCUGCAGUUUCAGGUGAGCGCCGGCGGCGGCGGUGUUCAGCUCAGAUGGUCUGUACAGAGAAGUACAUACGCUUCUGUUACAUUAGGACUGAUCAAGUGACAUUUGUACUGUGUAUUAGUAAUUGAUUUUUGUCGAGCUUCCUUGUUUCCUUC